GUCUGUUUAAGGAGGUAGUUCAGUGGGAGGAGCGGGCCGCUGCUUAUGAAGUUCCGUGAAAGAGCGGCAGCUGUUACGCAUCUCCUUCUCUGAUGCAUUAUGCUAGGACUUUGCAAAGACUCAUAGGCAUUAUCGUGAUUACAUAAUAAUGCAUAUCCCGGUUCUUUUCCUCUUGAGAGGAAACCAAGGUGGCUUGCAUAGCUCCAUUUUAGUCUCACAACAACGACCCUGUAAGGUAGGCUGGUCUGAGAGGGAGUGACUGGCCCAAAGCUUCAUGGCUGAGUGGGGACUAGAGCCCAGAUCUGCCAGAUCCCCAGGCUAACACACUGAUCACCACUCUGGCUCUUCGUGUUUGUUUCUUGGCAUUAUUGACUAAUACUGGGGCCAACAACCAAAAUACCACACACACGCACAGGAAGCAGAUUAAAAUGCAGCAUGAGCAAUAUACUUAUGUGGUAGCGGAUUGUUGUAACAAAAAUACAGAAUUAGAGAACCGGACUUUUUGUGGGGGAUAAUUGUUGGAAAGGAAGUGGGAGAACUGUCCAGUUUAUAACACAAAAUUAGAGCAGCAUGCCUUGUUAGCUUGAGGACACACAUGUGUUCACUGCCACUGUUUCCUUCCAGCCCAUUAUGCAUCUGUCAGUGUUAUGAAUGUUUUGCUGUGUGACUGUCUUGAGUCAAAGCUUCAAUUCAAAGUGGAAAACAUUUAAAGAGGUUAAACUUUGCUGGUGUUCUGUAGGAGUAGCUGCUUUAAAAUCAGAUGGGCUACAAACUGCAUCAGAAAGGCAAGCAAACAUGUAGUAUAUGCCAUUUCAAAUAGCAAAUGCAACAUAUCAUUUAAGAUCUAGAAUGGAUGCUAAAUGUUAAAGUAAAGGCAGAAGAAUAAUCCUGCUGGUCCAGAUGCAGGGUCUGGGCAACAUUUUGCUUCUAGUACUACUAAGCAGAUUUGUAGUGGUGUCUUUCCCCAGCAUUUGGUAUGUGCAGGUAGACUGCUUAUGAACAUGGAGGGUCCAUAGAACUGAUAGCUGUCUCUUUCUUGAAUUUGGCUAUUUAAAGCCCUCUGAGUAUGUGGGCUUAACAUGUGGCAGAGAAUUCCUUUUAAGUUAACUGUGUGCUGUAUAAUGCACGCCUUACUAUUGCAGGAGAAUACAUUAUACUGGAGUUUGACCACUGGUCCAUCUAGCCAAGUAUUGUUGUGACUGCCUGAUAGCAGCGCUCCAUUGGGUUUAACUUACCUUCUUGAGGUGCUGAGCAUUGAAUCUGGGACCUUCCGUGUGCAAAGCAACCACUCUACCAUGGAGAGGUGGCCUUCCGUCGCUCCUCUGCACGUUCACACAAACUGUAAUAAUAAACAUAUAUUGCCUUUUACUUCAUUAUGUGGGUUAGAGGACCAUUUUUGAUUCCUGCACAGCUGUCCACAUGUUCAACAAGAGACAGUGACCCAGUUUGCAUGAUCACAGGGUGUUUGAUAACCAUUCCGGUCAUGCCGUUUGCAUGCCUGCUGGUCUUACGUACAUAAACGCCUUUGCCAGGGUUGCUUGCUGUCCAUACCUGGCAACAGUCCUUUGCUUGGGCUGCUUAAAGAACCACCCAUCAGACCAAGGGUUUGUUAACCACUCCCAUCAUCCACCCUUGCCUGCUUCAGAUAUCACAGGAAAUGGCGCUGUUAAAGGCCAUCUGGCCUGCUUGGAGUAGAUGUAAAUUAUUAACCAGCCCAUGUUUGUGUGAACUGAUCAGUAAAUUAUAAGGUACUUGAAAGUUACCUACUGGCCUUAGGACUCCCACAUUAUCAUUCUCCUUUACAUCUUUGUGUUUUUUUCUUUAUCUUAAAACCCACAGCAUCUAAUACGGAGUAUUUGCAUAUGUGGACACCAGUGGUGGCAUGUUUCUAUUGGCAUUUCCCGCACCCUUUCCUGCCAAGGCAGCAUCACAAAAACCAACACAUUCCAGUGGAGGAAAGAGCCAUCCAAGUGCCAAGGAACCAAAGAAAUCACCACCCCAUGUAAGAACUUCUUCCAACAGACCAGCCAAAAAUCUUCCUGCUGUUAGUGAAAAGGUUACAGAAAACAGACAGAUAAAUGUUCACUGGAAAGAAAAAAGCCGCUUUUGUGAAGAUCAUCAACAAAACAGAAUAGCAAGCGUUUGCACUUCCUCAUCUAGAGCAUCACGGUUAAAAAAGGAGCCUCUGGUUAGAAAGCAGGAUGAAGUUGGACCAAGCAAAAUCUCUGCGCCAUUUAAAGAUGUUUCGUGGAGUGAGUCCAGCAGGGCGGAAGGCGCGCUGUCCCAGAGCUUUCCCUGUGAACAAAAAAGGAGCUCAGAGAGCCACUCGGGGGGGCAGCUGGCUGAAGCCAGCUCCUGCAGUCUGAUGUAUCAGGGCGCGUCUGCUGAUGCAAUGUUUCUUGACUUUAAAUCCAUGCAGAUUUUGAAAGAGGAUUCGGAUGAGGACAGUGCCAGUGAUCUUUCUGACUCCGAGAGAAUCCCCAUCCCCCCUUCCCCCUGCACGCCCCCGAAGCUUGACCUCCGAGCAGAAGAAAUCGACCCUCUUAGCUUUGAGCACCUCUUUGAUGAAAAGUUUAAGCAAUCGGACUACUAUUACCCCGACUUUCUCCCACCCCCUUUCAACACCUGGGACCUGAAAGGGCUUGCAGCGUUUGUCAACACGGAGUGCAGGUCAGAGCCACGACCGGAGCCGGUGGGCUUCCUUGAGAGGUACGUUGAUCGGCUUCUGGAGCUGGAGUGGCUUCAGAUGCAAACCAUCCAAGCGGAGAAGGGGAAGGCGGCCAAAGCUAGGCCUCAGACUGCUCCGAGCGCCCUCCGGACAUUAAAAAGCCCUGGCAAGAGCAAGUCUUUGCACAGUCCUUUGCCAAGCAAACAGCUGACACCGCAUGAGAGCUUUGCAAGACUCUCCACGGGCCAUGCAGGUCCCAGGAGAGAUUUGCGUGGGGAAAGAGCCAGUCAGUUUCUCCCCUAUGAGGGCCCCCCUAAGGCAGCUGAAGCCUCUUGCAGCUCGUCAUCAGCCCACGAGGGACAUUCUUGCGAAGGGAGGAGGGAGGCGAAAAAGCGGACCGCCCCCAGGCAGCAGCUGGGUGGGAGGCACCAUUCUGAGAGCAGUGCCAUGAUCCAGGGGGCAGGCAACAUGAGACCCCACAAACCCCCCUCCUCGUUUCAUAGCUCAGCAGUCCCUCUCAAGGGGCUCCCGGCCCACGCAUGCACAAAUCCCAAGAAGAAUGGGAAUGCAAAUACUUACGUUUCCUCCAAAAAAGCUGCAGCAGACAAGAAGCUGAAAGUGAAUGAUGUGAAACAGACCCCGCGGAAGUUUAAGUAACUGUGCCAGAGCGCGUUCUGUGUAUUGUUGUGAGGCUGAGAAGCCCUCUCAGUGUGUGAUGGAAAGCUAGAUCAGUGGCUUAGGCACUGGGAGGCAGCGGCUACCGGGCCGAUGCGCCCUCCCAUCAUGUCUUCGGGGACCAUGUUUGGAUUCACCCCUUCCAAAGCAGCCAUCCUCUCAGUGGACAGCCAGUGCAGAGGCUGUUGGGCUGUGUUUGGUUCCAAGCAUUGCUUCUGGAAGGACUCCAAAGCAUGCCUCAGAGCCCACUUCAUCUUGUUCCCACACUUUUCUACCUUGAGAGAUUUGGUCCUGGGAAGGCUGGCCGGCAAACUGCAUUUUUUUCCUGCAGAAGUUAAAGGUUUUGCAGUCAGUUUUUAUAGGGGAAGCUUGCAGUGAGGGAAGACGCCCCUACAAUUCUUCCAUGGAAGUGUAUUCUUUGGUAAAACGGAGGUGCCCCCGUAAGAAAAUAGCAUUAGUUUUCAAACUGGUAUACCUUUUCUCUUGGUUUGCAGUGCCUAUUGAGCUCAACAUAGAGGAGCACUUGCAGCAAUUUUAUGUGAUCUUCUAACUUUGGGGUGGUGUUUCACCAUUAAAAAUGAUGGUGUCCACUGGUAAAUUAUGGUGUGAACCAUAAUUUACAAAUUAUGGUGUAAACUGGUUUAUAUUAGGGCUUGUUUGGGAGGUUUUUUUCCUUUGUUUGGUUUUUGGAUUUCUUUGUUUUGUUGCAACAGCUUUUCCAGACUACUUUUCAGAUAUACUCAAGGCAUCCCAAAGGCCCUGGUAUUUGGAGAUACUUGAAAUUUAUUUGUUUGUUUGUUUAUUUAUUUAUUUAUUGCAUCCCUACAUAUGUAGGGGAGCUUUAAAUAUAAUGUUUGAACAUUCCUUGUUUGUGCAUUCAAAUAAGGACACUUCUGGAGGCAGCUGAGUGUGUGGUUUAGUUCGACUAUGGUACAUGUUGCAUGGGCAUAGGGAAGUGAUGGUGCCUUUGAGGAGUCAUGCCAGCUAGCUUUGGGGUAGGAUCGGUGAUGGUGUGGUGCAGUGGAGACGACGAUCUGGGAGAAAGUAGGAUGGCCAUUUGGAGAGGAGAGGAUGGUCUUCUGUUUGAAGGUCUAGACCGUCCAAGUCCAGUUUAAAGUUAAAGAAGAAGCAGAUCUGGACAGCUGAUUAGGCUGGACUAAGGAGUCAGGGGAGGGUGGAAGGCGUCCGGGUUUGCUCUCCUGGUGACAAAAGCACAAAGCAUCCUAUGCUCUGUGGGUAUAUCGUGAAGCUGGCAUUGCGUUUCCGUAAGCGGCGCCUGGAGCAGAUUUGACUUCUUCGUUGGCAGCUUCCUGGCAAAAUUGCUUAUGCCACAUCUCCUAGCUUCAUCAUUAUACAUGUAUAAUUUUUUAUCUUAUCCCAGCAGAAAAUAUUGUCUCUACAGCACAGUAAAGCAUCUUCCACCAGCCCUCCGUCAAAAGGUUCUUUAUUUUCCAGGUAGCAGGAAAAUUUAAAUAAUACAGAAUGUUUGCUUCAUUCACUGUUGAUGGAGUUUCUGCUGCACAGCACUGGAAUUAUCAA